AGAAGAAGAAGAAGAAGAGGAAGAGGCAGAAGCUGGAGGAGGAAGAAAAAUCUGUCAGGCUGCUCCGAGCCACCAGCUGGACUUUUUCUGUCUUCUGGACCGCCAUAAAGCAGCGUGUUGUCAGCCGGUGUGUGUCUGUGUGUGUCGGUGCUGCAGCAGAUGACUGAUGAGGAACCGGAGGGUCUGAAACAGCAACAGCAAGGAGGCUCCGUGAGUCCGCGGUGAUGGAUGCAGAGAGCAGUGAGCUGUUCCUCGGCACCGUGGCAACCGGCAGCUGGCAACUCGACGCUCCUUUCUCCUGCUCCGAGCUCGUCUUCGGUGGAUCUGACAAACCCCUGCAGGACUGGGCAGUGGACCCCGACUCUAUGCUCCACGACAGCGAAUCAGAGGACGUCCUCCACGGCGUCGAUCCAAACGAGGUGUUUCCCAGCGGCCCGCCAGCCGACCCGUCGUCAGAGAGCGACAGCGGCAUCGCCGAGGAGCCUGUCGUCGAGAGUCCCGUCACCAUGGUGACCAUGGCGACCACCCAGCCGGCCCUGGCGACCGUUUACCAGGUGGUUUAUGACAUCAAUGGCCUGGAUGGAGCCAAGACUGACGCCGGACAGGAGAACAUCAUCUCCAUCGAGCUCGAUGAAUGGAGCUCUCAGGUGCUGCUGUCGGACUCGUGCAUCGUGAACGAGCUGCCGAUGGUUUCAGCAGCUCGUCAGGUCGCCAUCGACCCUCCCAGCCCCGACGGAGAACUGCUGCAGGCGGAUCUUCAGCUGACCGAGGAGGAGCAGAAGCUGCUGACUCAGGAGGGAGUUUCUCUGCCCAGCAACCUUCCUCUCACCAAGGCCGAGGAACGAAUCCUGAAGAAAGUUCGCAGGAAAAUCCGCAACAAGCAGUCUGCUCAGGACAGCCGGCGGAGGAGGAAGGAGUACAUCGACGGGCUAGAGAGCAGGGCGGCAGCGUGUUCGGCGCAGAACAAAGAGCUGCAGAUGACGGUGGAGCAGCUGGAGAAACACAACAUGUCUCUGCUGGCUCAACUGCGACAGCUUCAGUCUCUGAUCAAACAGACGGUCAGCAAAGGAGCCCAGACCAGCACCUGCUUACUGAUCAUCCUGGUGUCUCUGGGUCUCAUCAUCCUGCCCAGUUUCAGCCCCUUCAGACGGGACCCGACUGCUGAUAUCGACUACAGACCCACAGGAGUUAUUUCCAGGAACAUCCUGACUGAUCCGAUGUCUUCGCAGCCGAUGGCAGAAGAGCUUGAUGGUCCGGUGGUCCGAUCCGACUCCUCAUCGGCGCCUUCUGAUAUCAGCCAAUCAGAACCUCCGGAGGGCGCCACCAUCCUCCAAGAACUAACAGAAAACUCUGAAAAUUCAGCCGCUGAUGGUGCAGCCCUUGAAGCAAGCCAUUCAGGAAACAGCUCAGUUGUUGUUGCCAGGCAGACUGAACUGGCAGCCCAAAAAGGAAGCCGCGACCCGGGAAAACCGGCGCAUGCCGACGAGAUGUAGGCGAACUGUCAGAGUGACGAUAAGUGGACAUUUUGUUCUAAUGAACAUGAAAUCACAAAGCAUUAGUAGCUGCUAAAGUAGGGAUCAUCUGAUCAAUCAGUACCAGCAGAUACCUGUUAGAAAAGUUCAGUGGUGGCAGUCUGAAAAGUUUCUGAAAAUGUUUUAUAUUAAAAUAAGUUUAUUUAAUUUUAUCUUAUUAGUUCAAGUAAGUUCUUAAGUCCAGAUAUAAGAAGGGCAUUGGAAAGUUUGUAGCAGAUCAAUAACAAGCCUUAAGUAGCCUGAAAUGAAGACGACACAUCAACUCCACUAGCGUCUUACUUUGGCCUGAUGAACACGUUCUGUUCAUGAGGUUUGAUCGUUGAACCCUGAAAUAUCCAGAUGAAGCUUCAUUCACAGAAAUGUCCUACGGCAGUAAAAACAACAACACAAAGAAAGAAUCAGUUUGUUGUUCUGUUGUUUGUCCAAAGCUUCCACCAAUGUUCACACAGAGAAGACAGGAGACAAAUAUGAAGUGCCUUAAAAUGUGUCCAAAAUGACUUCAGAUUUAUGCAAAAUACCAGAAAAAUGUACAAAAUCACAAAAAAUUUGGUCAAAAUGACAAAAAAUAUUCAAGAUAACUUAAAAUUUGCCUAAAUAGACAAAUACACAUAAUGACUUGAGGCGCCUGCCUUUGUUUCUGGUAAAGUUUAAUUCACAGAAAUGUCCUACAGGAGGAAAAGACCACGAAGACUCGAGUCAGUCUUCAAAAACCCAAAACCUGCUGGCGGGUUGGAAAGAUAUAUUAUCUUUAACUUAAUUCCCAAAUAUCAGCAUGUGUCAGCCAGAACCUGUAAAAACAGAAAAAAAUGUUGGGUUUUCAAUUUUGGUCCAUAAACUAAUCUUCUGUUACGUGAAGUUCCAUCAGGAAAAUUAACCAAAUCUGAUCUAAAAAUCAUAUUUCGUCAAAAUCAUCUCAGUUAACCAUUAGCCAAAAACAUAGUUAUUCUAAGUAGAUUAUGUUAAAAACAAAACAUUCUGCACUCCUCAGAACAACCGAUUCUCCAUGAGUGACUCUUCUGUGACCAACAGUCACAUGACAAAAAUUCUAAAAGCAAGUAUGGAGUGACUUAUAAUUUGUCCAAAAUGGAAAAAAAGAAGCAUCCAAAAUGAAGAAAAAUCUCCACAGUAACUUCAGAUUUGUCCAAAAUGUCAAAUAUGUCUACCAUGAAUUAAAAAUUGUCUUAAAAUGUCCAAAAUGAAAUGUGUCAAAAAUAGCACUUGUCCAAAAUGAAAAAAAAUGUCCAUAAUGACUCAAAAUCUGUCUAAAAUGACCAAGAAUGUCCAAAAUUACUUGUAGUUUAUCCAAAACGACCAAGAAAUGUCCAGAACAACUUGCAAAUUGUCAAAAAUGACAAAAAUAUGUCUAGAAUCACUCGAUAUUUGUGGUUGUUUUUAAUAUCCAACUCUGUUUUUUUAUUCUGGGACCCCAUUGGAGCAGCUUUGUAUGAUUCAUUUAUUUAUCUUUUCGCGGUCCUUUAUUUUCACUACCUUCUCUUUAAGGGCCGCCUCCCUAAAAGUAUACUUUCUUCUGAUUGGUCAGUUUCUGGAAGCCUGCAUCCAGUUGUCCAAAUGAAAUAAUAAUAAUCCAGAAUGACUUGAAAUUGGUCUGAAGUGUCAAAAAAUGUCCAAAAUAACCUAAAGUGAAUAGAACAAUUGGUCCAAAAUGACUUUAACAUGUGUAGUAUGGAAGACCUAAUUUCAAAAUGUUCUACUAAAGUGAAGCUGCUGUAAAUAAUGUUGGAUAUUUGAACAUGUGUUGGGUUGUUGAAGAGAAUCUGUUGAGUUUGACUGAAUUUUAAAUGUAAAUUUGUUGGGUUUUAAGGCAAAAUACUGUAGACAAAAACAUGUUUCAUGCUUUUGGAUUUUGAAAAAUGCACAGUAAGGUGUUUAUUGUGCUAUUUUGUCUUUUUUAUGGGUGUAGAUUUCAUUACAGAACAUAUUUUAAUUUCUUCAAAUCAGCUUUUCCUCCUUCUCUGAUCAAGCAGUCUCCACUUCUGAACACUUUAAUAACAUCUUGUUAAUAAUUUUGGCACAUUUCAUUCUUUUUCUUGUAAUUUUUUUCCCUUCUUUUUUAUACAUUUGAGACUGUUUAGUGUUCAGGGUUUUAAAAGUAUUAUUUGGUAUUUUAUUAGUAUUUUUGGGAGAUGAUUUUUGCGUUGUUUUUUCUCUGAUUUUUUAAAAUAAAAUGUUUUAAUAUUUAUUUUUUUUAAAAAUCCGAAAUUUGAAUCAAUUUUUUUUAUAUUUCUUGGACAUUUUAAUAAUAUCCUGAACAUGAACGAUUAUUUUUUUUUGCCAUAUUUCAUUCUUUUUUUUUUUAAAUGACAGUUUGUGGGACAUUAUUUUCAGUAACUCUAAACAUAUUUGUUUUGAUAUUUUAGCUGUAUUUUAGGACAUUUUAAUACUUUAUUCUUAAAAAACCUGAUGCUAAUAUAUUUUUUCUUUUUCUUGGGUGUUCAAAUUUCUGUUCUGGAAAUAAAUUAGGGUAUUAUUAAUUUGCAUAUUAAAACCUGUUAUAAAGUUAGCUAUGGCGAUAUGUAUAAGGUUAAAUUUUCUCUCUCUGCCCACCCUUAAGUCACAGUCCUGUUUCACUGAGUAGAUUUAUUUAUUUUGGUGCAUUAACAGGUCAAAACGUGUUUUAAUCUCCUGCUGCAGAUCAGAUAAACCUGCUCUUAUUUUUUCACAGCUCCAUAUCGAUCAACUUGAUUUGCUUGAGAUGUCUUUGUUUGUUUUUCAGAUUUACUUUAAUAAAAUGGAACAAUUCAUGGAAA